AUGGACUUCGAAAGCGAUCUGGCGGAAAUCAUGGUGGCCACAGAAGAUCAAAGGAAUCACACAGAAAUGUACAAUCUGAGAAGGCUCAGUGAGAUGCAAGCACUAAUGCCUUUGGUGGGAAUUUCAAUCACCACAUGUGUAGAAUUCAUGGAAGCGCUUCCUUUGAAAAAAGAUAUUAACAAGGUGGAUUCCAGAGUCGCCAAUCUCCUCAUCUCGACGGAUUCAGUGAUUAUCGCAAACUACGUCUAUGUUUGCUAUUUUCUCAAGUGGGAAGGAGAGCUUGGAGGUCGAUAUGAAGAAGUUGCCAAAGAGACGAAAAACGCUACUCUAGAGAUGGUCAACCAUAUACAGGAAGCAUUCCACGACAUGCUGGUCGAGAACGAUUGGAUUGAUAGCUCUACAAAGGCAUCGGCACUCGAUAAAGCAAGGAAGAUUCAACGAGUGAUCGGAUAUCCAGAUUUCAUCCUCGACGACAAGGAGCUUGAGGAUUACCACAGCGAGCUAUCCAUUUUGGAAUUGGACUCAUACAAGCAAAUGACGGAGAAAUGCAUCCGAUGGCGAAAAGAUCUCCAGUUUAAUCGUCUCAUGAAAGCACUGAACUAUGGAGGCAUUGGGACCGUGAUUGGACAUGAAAUCAGUCAUGGAUUUGAUGACCAGGUGGCUUGCGUGCAUCUAAACAUCUCCUUUGAGGCGAAACUGGAGCCAACUGGUUACGAACAUGGAGAGAGGUCUGAGGCUGCAUACAGUAAACAACUGGGCCCGCACUCACUCCGGGGUAGCAUCUGGAGCAACAUAUUGUUCGUGCCGUUGAGUAGCUGCCGUUAUGUUCCUGAAGCAGGCCUAUACGUGAAUGGUAAGCUCACACAAGGAGAGAAUAUCGCAGAUCACGCUGGAGUAAAGGUAGCAUUCAAGAAUUACCUGAAGAAAUUUGGAGAGGAAAGGCGAAUUAGAGGACUAGAAGAGUACAAUAGCGAGCAAAUGUUCUUCAUCGGAUACGCUACGAUGUUCUUCAGAGUAAAUCAAGUGCUCGCCAAUCAAGAAGAAUUCGCCGCUGUCUUCAACUGCCCAGACGGAACACCAAUGAAUCCGGCGAGCCGAUGUACUGUUUGGUAA